UAAAACAAAAUAAUGGAAGUUAAAGAAAAUGAGGGACGCAUAUUGAUGUGAACUUAGUUCUAUUUUAUUACUAUCAGUUGAUAGAAUAUUUUUUUCAAUAUAAAAAUGCCAAACAAAGAAGUGGCAAAAGGUACUGACGCUAAAGUGACGGGGAGUCCUCAUGGAGGGGCCAAACUACCAUUGCUGACUCCAAAAGCAUCCAUCAGCAAGGCGGUCACAAAGGAGGUAGCAAUGGUUCCUUUAGUGGUGCCGGAUGCGGUUGUGGAGGGCGAGCGCACGGAGUUACUGGGGUCGCUGACCACUGUGCAGCAGCAGCGCACCAGCGCCAGAGUCAUCAAGAAACUGAGGCUCGAACCCCCAGCUGAUAAAAGAGAAAUUUCAGAAUGUGAAACACCAAGCAAAGAUGUCGAUAAAGAGCCACCGCCGUUCCCGACGGUGAAGCAACGCAUGCCAAAAGCGCUUUGGUCCGCUGACGAAAAGAGCCUGUUCUUCGAAGCCCUCAACGAGUACGGCAAAGACUUUGAUGCAAUCACCUCUUACAUACGCGCUAAGAUGAAAAAGAAGGGAAUGCCGGACGCCAAUCUUAAGACUAAAACACAAGUCAGCCAUUUUUACUACAGAACUUGGCACAAACUCUCCAAGCAUGUACACUUUGAUGAGAACGUAAAGAAAGUAGCUCAAGAGCUAUAUGCACUAAUAAACUACGGCGAGUUACGUCGCAAGCUGACAUCUGUGAAUGAGAAGACAUGUGCGCGGCUGGGGGAGAUGGUGCGCGGCGGCAGCAUGGCGGUGCGCGCGCGCGGCCGCACGCUGCGGGUGCGCACGCCCAUGUGCCGUGCGCUGCGCAGGCUUAAUCACAUUGCAGAGCGUGCAUGCGGUGCGCGCGUGUGCUCGCGUGUGGCGGUGUGGCUGCGCGCGCGCUGCGCGGCGGGCUGGGCGCGCGUGCAAGCGGCGGCGCACAACCCGCGUGCAAUCGCCACUAUGCCGCUGCGCACGCGCCUCCUCGCGCUGCUCCGAGCGUUACACAAACGAUGGCGACUUGCAGAUCACAAAGAAGACAUUCUAACAGAGAAUGGCCUAGAAAAAUUGCCAGAAGACACAACUAAAGAAGAAGAUGACGCGGAACGCUUACCAUUUGGUGACAAGUAUGAAGAUCUGGAGAGUCAUCUCAAUUUACAGACUGACAGGGUUAUUGUCCAAGAACAUCUCCGUGAUAAGAAGCUAGCACUCCACGUGGGUCCCCGGCCCGGCGCGGAGAUCCAUCUACCGGUGGUCAGCCCCAGCGAGAGUCUGUCCAGCCAGAAGAUCUGCUUCUCCUCUUACCUGGAGCGGAUGGGCACUCUAAAGCGGGACAAAGAUGCAAAAAUAAGAACUCCAAAACGUCAACGUAAAGACAGCGUAUCUGAGAAAGAAGAAAGUAAAAAGAUCAAAGUGGAAGAUUUGGAACUGAAAAUGGUUCAUAUUGACGAGACAGCUAUAGACGGUAUCGAGCUCAUGGCCAAUUAUAAAACCAUUAAGCAGCCAGAAGAAGAAGAAAAAGUUCAUGUAGGAGAUGAAAACGAAGUUAAAUCAGAAGAAACGGCGGAAGAAGAAGAAAAGGAACCAGAGAGAGACAAAGAUAUGUUUGAAAGAGAAAAGGAUAGUUUUUCUGAGAUGGAAGAUGACGAGAAAUUUAACAAAAGCGAUACGGACAACGAAAGUGAUGGAAAAGGCGAUAAAAGUGGAAAAGGAAGGAAAUUUAAAAAUCUUAAGGUUAAAUUCCGUAUUCGUCCAAAGAAACGUGGUGGUACAGAAUACACUCUCGUGCAGGGAAAAGAGAGCGAAGAGGCAAAGAACGAGCAGGAGCAGCAAAAGACAGAAGAAGAACAGAAGUCGGACGUGGAUGUAGAGACUGCUAUUAAGCAGAUCAGGAAAGGCUGGAGUAUUUACGAUGCUGGAGACUUGACUAUUGGAGAUUUGUAUCUUAUGUUUGGUUCCCGGUCUAGACUAGAAUUAGACUACUGGUGGGCAGAACCCACUCCUCCUUUGCCUCAACCGAUACUGAAGUCACAGAAGAACAUAGACACGGAGAAAUUAACAGUAAACGACAAGGACAAACAUAUAGAUAAGAUAGAGAAAGGAGUAGAGAUAGAAGAUGAGAAGGAGAAGGCGAGAGAGAGUGACAACGAUAUAUUCUCGCCGAAGAAUACUUUCAGUCAGGACAGCAAUGAUGGCAUGUCGGGAGACGAGAGGAAGAAUGAGCAGCAAGCGUCUCCGGAGCACAAGUCAGUAGGUUCGUCCAGCACUCUCAAGUUGCUGUCCAAGUUGAUCAACCGGCCUGCGCACGCGCAGUCGCCGCACGACGGCUUCGCACUCAUGAGCGAUCGUUUGAAGCGUCUGCUGGCGCUGGCGGGCAACCCGCUGGCCGGCUCGGCCGCGCCGCGCUGCGCGUGCGGCCACGUGUGUGCGCACACGCAACGGAAACAGCAGAAGACGGUGGGCGCUGUAAGCGCGGUGGGUGCGGUUGGCGCGUUGGGCGGCGUGGGAGUGGCGGGGGCGGGGCGCGCGCCGACCACGCCCGUGUUCCGGCAGCCGCCGCCCAUCGCGCCACGCCCACACGACACCGACGCAGACGCCCGUCCAAUGAGCCUGGAGGGUCUGCCGCGCUGGCGGCGCGGGCGGCCGCGCGGCGCCGCUCGCCGCGUCGUCGUGCAGCGCCUGCUGCCGCUGCUGCCCAAGCUGCCGCCGCCCAGCAAUUUGAUCCCGAUGAAUGUACCGAAUUCUUCGCCAGCGCCGCCCAAAAUACUGCCCAAGCCUCCGCCCACCUCCACUUCUGAUCUAUCGUUUUUCUACGUACUGAGUGAGUCAAAUGGGCAGUUCUUCUUCCACGAUGGUGACCGUCGCAUUCCUAUCACGCCGCUACCCGGAAAUGGUACAGACGAACAUGAACUAGAAGAAGACGAUGUAAGAGAUAACGAUAUAAAAGAAUAUAAGAUGGAUGUAACAGAGACGGAGGUCGCGAAGCCGCUGGAGCCGCUGGAGCCGCUGGAGCCGCGCGCAGAACAUAACCAACAUAUUGAGAACACGGAUAUCGCACAGUUCCUGCCGUCGGAGUCGAUGUCGCUGUCACCGUCGCGGCUGCUGCACGCGGAGGGCUGGAUGGAGGGCGCGGUGCAGGACUUCUCCCUCAGCAGCUUCCUCGGACAUCUGGAGGGAGAUGAGCCCCAGCAAGAACAUACGCCACCGGUGGACUCACAAAUACAGUCUUUAAUGGUGGAGUCUAGUAUGGACUACGUGGCGAAGUUCGCGGAUCUAGCGGCAGAGGUCACUGAUGAACCUGCGCCUUGAAGUUAAUUUGAACUUUAUUGUAUUCAUAUAAGACACAAAACGCACUUUUUGUAAACAAUUAGAGAGAUCCAGACAUGCUAAUUUGAACUUUAUUGUAUUGGGAUAAGACCUUGAAUGUACUGAACGUACCAUCACAAAACUGUUAG